GACUCUGGAAUUGAUAUUGGGGAUGUUUCUGAGAGGAAGGCCCUGAGGAAAAAGCUCCAGUGCAAGACCUUUAGGUGGUAUCUUGUCAGCGUGUAUCCAGAAAUGAGGAUGUAUUCAGAUACUGUCGCCUAUGGGGUGCUGCAGAAUUCCCUGAAAAGUGAUUUGUGCCUUGAUCAAGGGCCAGACACGGAGAAUAUCCCAAUCAUGUAUAUCUGCCAUGGAAUGACACCACAGAAUGUUUAUUACACAAGCAAUCAGCAGCUCCAUGUGGGUGUUCUGAGUCCCACUAUCGACGACGAUGACAACAGAUGCCUGGUGGAUGUGAACAGCAGGCCCAGGCUCAUUGAAUGCAAUUAUGCCAAAGCCAAGAGAAUGAAGCUUUACUGGCAGUUUACUCAGGGAGGUCCAAUCCAGAACCGAAAAUCCAAGCGUUGCCUGGAAUUGCAGGAAAACAAUGAAAAUGAAUUUGGAUUUCAACUCGUCCUUCAGAAAUGCACUGGACAACGCUGGUCUAUAACAAAUGUCCUGAAAAGCCUGUCAUCAUAGCAGACUAAAUUUUUUACUCGUUUCUUUUGCUACUGUGUAGCAAAUAUUGCAUUGUUGCCUGCUGUACUGUAUUCUCCUUGCCCCCCCACCCCCUGGGUCCCUUCUCUCCUCUUUUUUGUCCCUUUGAUUAUAUUUUGUGAGUGUGUGGAAAUUGGGUUUGUGGGCUAAAAAUAAGACAGUUUAUUUCACAAUGAUGUUUUCAUGGCAUUUAUAGAGACGUUGAAUGACAGGUGAUGGGUAGGCUAUCCUAAAAUAUUUUACAACUGUAAAUAGGAAACAAAUGGAGAAUAUUUAUAACUCAAACUUUUAUUGAAUAAAAAAGUCCAAACACUA